GCCUCGGAGAUGUAGCGACCUAAACAAACAUGUCUCAGCGUGAUGGUGAUCAGUGUGUUGCGAGUGGUCAUGCAAGUCUGCAAUGUUUAGGUCACUUCAGUAUGAUCAGGUGUGCCACUUAAUCUCCCACCACACAAAAGAUGGGAAUAUCGCUGCAAAGGUCCACCAUGUGGUGCGUGAAGAGCGCAGUGAGAAGGUUGACAGGGCCAGGGAUAGCUUGCCAGCGAAGUGGGCAGAGCACUGGCCACAUAACGCGUCUCAUGGAGGAAGCCAAGGUGCAUCAACAGCUGACAAGGAUUGAAUUGCCCAGACCCAACUUUGAGAUGCUGCUGAAAGGAAAUAAAGCAAGGUUCACCGUGUGUGUCGAGGGCAACAUUGGCAGUGGGAAAUCUACAUUGCUGAACCAUUUUUCCAAGUUUAAUGAUGUGGAGGCUUUCCAAGAACCUGUCCAAAAGUGGCAAGAUGUUAGAGGAAACAAUCUCUUGGCCUUGAUGUAUGAGGACCCGAUGCGGUGGGCCCACACCUUCCAGGCUUAUGUCCAGAUGACCAUGGUGGAGCAGCACCUGCACCCCUGCAGCACUCCUGUCAAGCUCUUGGAAAGGUCUCUGUACAGUGGCAGGUACUGUUUUGUUGAGAAUCUCUAUAGAUCAGGCAAGAUGACCAAUGCAGAAUACACUGUUUAUUGUGAAUGGUUCAAAAUCAUCACCCAAAAUUUGGAUGUUGGUGUAGAUCUUAUUGUGUAUCUGCGGACAGACCCAGAGGUCCUGCACACCAGGAUCAAGGAGCGAGCACGAUCAGAGGAGCAAGCCAUCCCCUUCCAGUAUCUGAGUGACUUGCACACCCUGCAUGAGGAGUGGCUUAUGGGACCCAGUAGUUCACUUCCUGCCCCUGUCUUAGUUCUUGAUGCAAAUGACACACUCCCAAACAUGUACAAGAAAUUUGAGGAACACACCUCAGAAAUCUUGAGUGGGAAGUUGACAGUGUGUGAGGAGCAGCAGGACACAUACAAGACAGCAUCUCCUUCACCAGUCGAGAUUGUUAAUUAACAUUUGUGGAAAAUACUGUUAUGUCAUUCUCACAAUUUUAAUUUCUUACAUCUUACUAAUCUUAAUAGUGAAUGAAAUUGACCAUUAGGAUUGGUGAGUUAACUGUAAGUUAAAAGGAAAAUUUCCAAAGAUUAUAAAGAGCUUAUUGAGACCAGAAAAUUAUUUAAUGUGAUGCUUUUAAAGCUCUGAUGAAACUUUAGUAAAGCAUCAGAAAGGGCAUUGUGAUGGGACCAUAGUUAUUGUUAUUUUUAAAUAUUUUUAUCUUUUAUAAUUAUUAUGGUGAUUAUGCAUUGCUGGAAUUACAUGAUUUUAUUAA